ACCGAGCCCAGCCGGGGCCACUGCCUGCGCCAGGUGAAGGCGCUGCGUGCCCCGGGUCCGUCCUUACCCGCGCACCGGGGAGCGCCGCCCCGCGCUGCCCUUGGCCCGUCCUCCCCCUCCGGCCGGAGGGACCCCGGGCCCGCUGGGGGCCGGGCUGGACAUCGCUGCCCAGCUGCUGCCCCGCGCUUCCCCGCACAUGGAGGCUGAGAUGCUGCAGUCGCCUCUCCUGGGGCUUGGGGAGGAGGAUGAGUCCGACCUGACGGACUGGAACUUGCCCCUGGCCUUUAUGAAGAAAAGGCACUGCGAGAAGAUCGAAGGCUCCAAGUCUUUGGCUCAGAGCUGGAGGAUGAAGGACCGGAUGAAGACUGUAAGUGUUGCCUUAGUUUUGUGCCUCAACGUCGGCGUGGACCCCCCAGACGUGGUGAAAACGACUCCCUGUGCCCGCCUGGAGUGCUGGAUUGAUCCUCUGUCCAUGGGGCCUCAGAAAGCUCUGGAGACCAUCGGGGCCAACCUGCAGAAGCAGUAUGAGAACUGGCAGCCCAGGGCCAGGUACAAGCAGAGCCUGGACCCCACGGUGGACGAGGUGAAGAAGCUGUGCACGUCCCUGCGCCGCAACGCCAAGGAGGAGCGCGUGCUGUUCCACUACAACGGGCACGGCGUGCCCCGGCCCACGGUCAACGGCGAGAUCUGGGUCUUCAACAAGAACUACACCCAGUACAUCCCCCUGUCCAUCUACGACCUGCAGACCUGGAUGGGGAGCCCUUCCAUCUUCGUCUACGACUGCUCCAACGCCGGCCUGAUUGUCAAGUCCUUCAAGCAAUUUGCACUACAGAGAGAGCAGGAGCUGGAGGUGGCUGCCAUCAACCCCAACCACCCCCUUGCCCAGAUGCCUCUGCCCCCUUCCAUGAAGAACUGCAUCCAGCUGGCAGCGUGCGAGGCCAACGAGCUGCUGCCCAUGAUCCCAGACCUGCCUGCCGACCUGUUCACCUCCUGCCUCACCACCCCCAUCAAGAUCGCGCUGCGCUGGUUCUGCAUGCAGAAGAGUGUCAGGCUGGUGCCAGGAGUCACGCUGGAUUUAAUAGAGAAGAUUCCUGGGAGGCUGAACGACAGGAGAACUCCCCUGGGAGAGCUGAACUGGAUCUUCACAGCCAUCACAGACACCAUUGCCUGGAACGUCCUGCCCAGAGAUCUUUUCCAGAAGCUUUUCCGCCAGGACCUGCUGGUGGCCAGUUUGUUCCGAAACUUCCUGCUGGCAGAGAGGAUCAUGAGGUCCUACAACUGCACCCCUGUGAGCAGCCCCCGGCUGCCCCCCACCUACAUGCACGCCAUGUGGCAAGCCUGGGACCUUGCUGUUGAUAUUUGCCUUUCCCAGCUGCCCACCAUUAUCGAGGAAGGAACUGCCUUCAGGCACAGCCCCUUCUUCGCCGAGCAGCUCACGGCCUUCCAGGUGUGGCUGACCAUGGGCGUGGAGAACCGCAACCCCCCGGAGCAGCUGCCCAUCGUCCUGCAGGUGCUGCUGAGCCAGGUGCACCGGCUGCGAGCUCUGGAUCUGCUGGGGAGGUUCCUGGACCUGGGGCCCUGGGCUGUCAGCCUGGCCCUCUCUGUUGGCAUUUUCCCCUAUGUGCUGAAGCUCCUCCAGAGCUCAGCCCGUGAGCUGAGACCUCUCCUUGUGUUCAUCUGGGCCAAGAUCCUGGCAGUGGACAGUUCGUGCCAGGCUGACCUGGUGAAGGACAAUGGACACAAGUAUUUCCUCUCAGUCCUGGCAGAUCCUUACAUGCCAGCUGAGCACAGGACCAUGACAGCCUUCAUCCUGGCUGUGAUUGUCAACAACUACAACACUGGCCAGGAAGCCUGCCUGCAAGGGAAUCUGAUAGCGAUCUGCCUGGAGCAGCUGAACGAUCCCCACCCGCUCCUCAGGCAGUGGGUGGCCAUUUGUCUGGGGAGGAUCUGGCAGAACUUCGACUCAGCCAGGUGGUGUGGAGUGAGAGACAGCGCCCAUGAGAAGCUCUACAGCCUCCUCUCAGAUCCAAUCCCAGAGGUUCGCUGUGCCGCUGUCUUUGCUCUGGGCACCUUUGUGGGCAACUCAGCGGAGCGCACGGACCACUCGACCACCAUCGACCACAACGUGGCCAUGAUGCUGGCCCAGCUCAUCAACGACGGCAGCCCCAUGGUCCGCAAGGAGCUGGUGGUGGCCCUGAGUCACCUGGUGGUUCAGUACGAGAGCAAUUUCUGCACCGUGGCCUUGCAGUUCAUAGAGGAGGAGAAGAAUUAUCCUCUCCCUUCUCCUGCUGCUCCAGAGGGCGGGAGCCUGACCCCGGUGCGGGACGGGCCCUGCACGCCGCGCCUGCGCUCCGUCAGCUCCUACGGCAACAUCCGCGCCGUCACCACCGCCAGGAACCUCAACAAGUCCCUGCAGAACCUCAGCCUCAACGAGGAGUCUGGGAGCUCGGUGGCGUUCUCCCCUGGGAACCUGAGCACGAGCAGCAGUGCCAGCAGCACGCUGGGCAGCCCCGAGAACGAGGAGUACAUCCUGUCCUUCGAGACCAUCGACAAGAUGAGACGAGUCAGCUCCUACUCCUCCCUCAACUCCCUCAUAGGUGUGAGUUUCAACAGUGUUUAUACCCAGAUUUGGAGGGUGCUCCUUCACCUGGCUGCUGACCCCUACCCCGACGUGUCCGACCUGGCCAUGAAGGUUCUCAACAGCAUUGCCUACAAGAUAAUGCAAGUGGGACUGGCCUGCAGACUGAAGCCACAACGGCUCUCCAACCCAGGUGAACUAGUACAUGCCACGGUGAACGCUCGCCCCCAGCGCAUCCUGGACACCUCCUCGCUGACCCAGUCGGCCCCUGCCAGCCCCACCAACAAGGGGAUGCACAUCCACCAAGUGGGAGGGUCACCCCCAACCACGAGCACCAGCAGCUCCAGCCUGACCAACGAGGUGCCCAAGCAGCCGGUGAGCCGGGACCUGGCGUCCGUGCGCCCCAACGUCACCAACGUGGGUGUCCAGUACACCCCCCACUCCCACCAGUUCCCCAGGACAAGGAAAAUGUUUGACAAAGGCCCAGAACAGACAGCCGAUGAUGCUGACGAUGCCGUGGGACACAAGAGCUUCAUCUCGGCCGCGGUGCAGACGGGGUUCUGCGACUGGAGCGCCAAGUACUUCGCCCAGCCCGUCAUGAAGAUCCCCGAGGAGCACGACCUGGAGAGCCAGAUCCGCAAGGAGCGGGAGUGGCGCUUCCUGCGCAACGCCCGCGUCAGGAAACAGGCGCAGAAGAUCAUCCAGAAGGGCAUCUCCCGGCUGGACGAUCAGAUCUUCCUCAACAGGAACCCGGGCGUGCCCUCCGUGGUGAAAUUCCACCCCUUCACACCCUGCAUCGCCGUGGCUGACAAGGACAGCAUCUGCUUUUGGGACUGGGAGAAAGGGGAAAAGCUGGACUAUUUCCACAACGGGAACCCUCGGUACACGCGGAUCACGGCCAUGGAGUACCUGAACGGCCAGGACUGCUCCCUGCUGCUCACUGCCACAGAUGAUGGUGCCAUCAGAGUGUGGAAGAACUUUGCAGACCUGGAGAAGAACCCGGAGAUGGUGACAGCCUGGCAGGGGCUGUCAGACAUGCUGCCAACCACACGAGGUCUGGCCCGAAGGGUGUCCAUCUACCUGGACAGAAGCAAGCAGGGAGGAGCAGGGAUGGUGGUGGACUGGGAACAAGAAACCGGGCUCCUGAUGACAUCAGGAGACGUGAGGAUCAUCCGGAUCUGGGACACGGAUCGGGAAAUGAAAGUCCAGGACAUUCCCACGGGAGCUGACAGCUGUGUCACCAGCCUGUCCUGUGACUCCCACCGCUCCCUGAUCGUGGCGGGGCUGGGGGACGGCUCCAUCCGCGUGUUCGACAGGAGGAUGGCGCUCAGUGAAUGCCGAGUCAUGACCUACCGCGAGCACACGGCCUGGGUGGUGAAGGCCUACCUGCAGAAGCACCCCGAGGGGAACAUCAUGAGCGUCAGCGUCAAUGGUGACGUGAGGUUCUUCGACCCCCGCAUGCCCGAGUCCAUGAAGGUGCUGCAGAUCGUCAAGGGGCUCACGGCCCUCGACAUCCACCCCCAGGCCAACCUCUUUGCAUGUGGCUCCAUGAACCAGUUCACCGCCAUCUACAACGGCAACGGGGAGCUGAUCAACAACAUCAAAUACUACGAUGGCUUCAUGGGACAGAGAGUGGGAGCCAUCAGCUGCCUGGCCUUCCACCCUCACUGGCCCCACCUGGCCGUCGGCAGCAAUGACUUCUACAUCUCUGUCUACUCGGUGGAGAAGAGGAUCAGAUGACGGCGCGGCCGGAGCGGCUCCGGGGCCUCCCUGUACAUAGAGAAAUCAUCGACUUGAAUGUUUCGUGUUGGCUGCUGCUGCACCCCAUAACUUGAACAUUUGUUCUUCUGACUUAGCUACUGAUGGGUUUGACAAGGGGAAGAGACAAUCUCCUGGUUUGGUUUUGUUUUGUUUUCCAGCUAUAUCCUCUAAAAGCUACAGAAAAGGAACAUUUAUUUUUGUUUCCAGUGGUUGGCUUCUCUGUCAGGAACAUGGCUCCUGAGCUCGGAAAGACUUGGAUGAGGCAACGCCCUUGAGAAGGGUCUUGUUUUAGUCUUUGUUCCGUGUUUUACUGGAGUGUGGGUUCCUCAAGGACUGUCAGGACUCACCUACAGCUCCACGGGACCCUCCAGCUGCUGUGCCAAACGCAGUUCUGAUGUACCUGCCAGGGAGGCAGGGCAGCACAUCCUCUGCAUGAACCUCCUCCUCCUCCUCCUCCUCCCUGCAGCAAGGACAGGCGGGGAUCCUGCAGGAAGGGGCUCAGGGAGAUGGCGAGAGCGGGACAGUAAAGCUGCGUGUGAGGAAGAUGAGGGAAGGAAGGGAAUGAAGAUCUCCAUCCUCCCAACAAGCCUGGAGCGAGUCACCGGGGCCACCACGUUCCACCCGAGCCCUCGGUGCCGGUGGCGAGCCGGGGGCUCCUGAGCCGCUGUCCCUGUGCCACGGGGAGCUCCACAGCCACAGCUCCGUGUCCUGGGCUCCGUGUGCUCCCCACGGCUGCUCUGCACACAGCCAGGGGCAGGACUUGGCCCCUUGGGGCUGCACACCACGGCUGCCCCUCUGGAAACCAGCGUGGGAGCACCUGGGCACCGAGAAUCACCAAGGAGGAGGAGGAGGAGGAGGAGGGAGGCAGUCGCUGCUCAGCGCCCUCACCCCAGCUGUCCAGGCAAGGCCUGCUCCGUCUUCCACACCUUCCACGUCCAAAUAACGAAUGUUUUGUCCCUUGGGAUCCGUGCUGGGGCUGGGGCUGGGGGUGGGAAGGGAGAGCACAGCCAAAGGUUUCCUUGCAGAGGUGCAGAACUCGCCGUGGGGCCAGGAAUUCCCAGUGCUUCCCAGUCCCAGGGGAUCUGCAGGCUCCCAGCAGAUCCUGGAGGGAAUGGGGUGAGGGAAGGGCUCAGCACCCCUCUGGCCCUGUGCUGACACCUCUGUCCCAUGCCCAGCCCUGCUGCUGCUGGCCCUGGCACCGUGCCCGUGUGUCCUGGGGCACCAGGACCACACCAGGGACGGCUCCCGUGGCCACCCCGAGGUGCCACAGGCACAUGGGGACUCUGGCCGAGGAGAGGUCCCCAAGCCACGGUGGUGGAGCCGAGGUCGGGUGUCCCCAGCACCGUCCCUGUCAGGGAGGCCGAGGGCCACAUCCCAGGAUAAUGAAUCAAAGGCUUUAAACCUAAAAACUACCUAAAAAUCCACUUUUAAAUUACCCAAAGUUAAUUAUGGUCUUAACAGAGCUGUGCCUCUUCCCGACCCGCUCCCGGGCUGUGCGAGGGGCUGGAGCCAGAGUUUGGGAUCUCACGUAACCCGUUAACAUUCACAGCUUCAGAAACAACAGAUUUUUAACUCCUAUCAGUGUAUUUGUGAAAGGAACAGGACAUUCCUGGCCUGGUGGGAGCCGCUGCUCCUGCCCGGCUGCUCCUGCCCGGCUCCGCUGGAUUUAAGGAAUUUUAAGGAAUUGGGGCUGUUGGGUUUUUACCUGAGUGUGUGUGGGCUGUGCUUCCACAGGUCUGAUGCACAGAUGUAAUCAUGGGAUCACAGAGUUUAACCAAGGAUCUGAAGAGCGUCCUAUCUUAAAAGUUCACUUAUCUCUAUUUAUUUUACAAAAAUAAAGUUUAAAAAAAUAUAUAUAAAAACCCCCACACGAUUGUAAUGUGAGAGUAAAGCGAUUACAGACAAAUAAAUGGUUAAUAAAAAAUAAA